AUGAAUAAUAUCGACAAGGUCAGAGCUUUAAAAGAACGUCAACAAAACUGGAUGAGAGAAAGGGCAAGAGAAAAGGGAAGUAAAAAUGAUGAGGACUAUACUACUGGCGAUGAACACCCUUCUAAUUUUCAGCCAUCUCGAUCGAAAACAUACCUCAGUGAUGUAGGUAACCCUGAGAAUUCUCGGUUAAAUCCAGCUUCUGUCCAUAACGACAGCAGUGCUUUACUAGUUAAUUUACACACAUCAAAUCAGCGUGGUACAAAAGCGUACAGUUCAAAUAAUUCAUCGCAUGAUUAUGAGACUUUAGAGCUAAGAUGUGAAGUCCUCAAUGCGGAAAUUGAUAAUAUUCAUGAAAGUAUGAGUGAAUUAUCCUUGAGGCAAUCGCUACAAAUGAAGACUAUCAAAGGUAUUGAAAUUGAAAAGGAAACGAUCAGAGACAAGAUUGCCCAACUUGAAAAACAAUUGCAGGAUAAAGAUAAUGAAAUUCUUCAAUGCACAACAAAGUUCGAAGAUCUGGAAGUAGAACGAAGUAAAUAUGCUACUAAAAUUGAACUCAUCGAAAGGACCCUUACAGAGCUAGAAGCAAUAAAAGCCUCCAUAAAAUCAACGUCGCGCUAA